UUACCGUCAAUGCGCACAGCUGUCAGAAUUCUAGUUCACUUGGUCGACAUUCUAUCGUGAGCCACAUGCAUGCUACUUUCCCGAUCGUUAUAGUGAUUUUCUGCGGCGGCGACUUAAUUUAACGCAACAAAUAGUUCCUAUUUAUUAACAAUGUCUCUCAUUGAAGAAUACGAGGAAGGGGAGUACGAAAGAGCACCUAAGCGUCUCAAGACGAUAGAUCCGGAGGAGGAAUUGGAGGAAGGGGAGGAUUCGGAUACAGCAUCCGCGGGGCUGCUAGGAGACGAGGAUGAUGCUACAAGGACCAGCGUGGAAGACCGGGCCCGGUGGUCAACCACAAAAUACGGGUCUGGAAGAAAGGACAAUGGGGAAGACGCUCACCGGAUUGCCCCUUCUCCGGUGGUUCACGUGCGGGGGCUCUGUGAGUCGGUGGUGGAGGGCGACUUGGUGGAGGCCUUGGAGAAGUUUGGCAACAUCUGCUACGUCAUGAUGAUGCCAUUCAAGCGGCAGGCGCUGGUGGAGUUUGAAGCCAUGGAGAGUGCCGACCAGUGUGUAACAUGCGGUGCCAAUGAAGUUGUUUGCAUAGCCGGCCAGCAGGCCUUCUUCAACUACUCAACCAGCAAGAGAAUCACACGGCCAACUAACGCAGACGACCCUAAUAGCGGGAACAAAGUCCUUCUCCUCUCCAUUCAGAACCCCCUUUACCCUAUCACUACUGAUGUCCUCUACACGGUCUGCAAUCCCAUAGGCAAUGUGCUGCGGAUCGUCAUCUUCAAACGCAAUGGAAUCCAGGCCAUGGUGGAGUUCGAAACGAUUGAAAACGCCCAGAAGGCAAAAUCGGCUCUCAACGGAGCCGACAUAUACGCUGGCUGCUGCACCCUGAAGAUCGAAUACGCUCGGCCCACGCGACUCAACGUCCUCCGCAACGACAACGACAGCUGGGACUACACUAAGCCCUUUCUCGUCAGGCGAGAGCGAGGGAAGGGGCGGCAACGCCAGGCCAUUCUGGGAGAGCAUCCGUCUUCCUACAGUGACAACGGAUAUGGGUCACACUGCUCGCUGCUGCCCCUUCCAGGCAACAGGUACAAGAGGAGCUCCCCUCACGAUACCCAGGAGGUGGUGGCCUACCCUCUGCCUCAAACCUCCUCAUACAUGGGCCACGCCUCCAGUAGCUCUGUCGCCAUGGUGAGCGGGCUGCACCCCGCCAAGAUGAACUGCACUCGCAUCUUCAAUCUCUUCUGCCUCUACGGGAACAUCGAGAAGGUGAAAUUUAUGAAAAGUGUCCCAGGCACUGCGCUGGUAGAGAUGGGAGAUGAGUACGCUGUGGACCGGGCCAUCACACACCUGAACAGCAUCAAGGUGUUCAGCAAGAGGCUCAACGUCUGUGUGUCUAAGCAGCAUGCAGUCAUCCCCAGCCAAGUUUUUGAGCUGGAGGACGGUAGUAGCAGCUACAAGGACUUUGCCAUGACCCGGAACAACCGCUUCAGCAGCGUAGGCCAGGCAUCCAAAAACAUCAUCCAGCCGCCUGCCGCUGUACUGCAUUUUUACAACGUCCCACCCUGCAUCACCGAGAACGAGCUCCAGAGGUUAUGUACAGAACACGAUGUGCCAGGUUUCAUCAAGUUCAAAGUCUUCGAUGCAAAACCCAGCUCCAAAACAAUCUCAGGCUUAUUAGAAUUUGACAACAAGACACACGCUGUUGAGGUUCUAACGGUUCUCAACCACCACCAGAUCAGAAUACCAAACGGUUCCAACCCUUACACCCUCAAGCUUUGCUUUUCCACCUCCUCACACCUCUGAAAUCAGAAAGAAAAGACAGCCACUGCGUAAGUUCGUCAUCAGCGGACAGGGGAGUGGAAGAAAGGAAGGGCACCUAAGGGAGGAAAAUUAAAGAACAAAAACAAGAGUGAAGGGAAACCCUUUUUUCUGUAGACUUGAGGAUGGAAAACAAGGUGUUAUAAAACUAUUUUAAAGGAUUCCCUUUUUCGGUUUUUGCUUUGUUUACAAAAAGGAGCUGCAAAUGGUUGGAUUGGAUCCAGAUCCAUAUCACAGAGGAAAGCCCUACAAUGCAAUGCAUCCUUUCAGUGAGGUUAACUCCACACUACAAUGGAUUUGACAUUUCCUGUGCAAAAUUCACGUGGACUGAAUUCAUUUUGAACUUUGUCUUUUUUUGUUGCAUGACCUAUUUUAGUGGUCCAAAGAUAGUGGCCUACAGUGAAGUCCUGCACAGGCCUGAUUUAUUUUGAGCUGCUGCCCACCUGACAUCAGGGAAGAUUUUUUGGACCCAGCCAAGAAUUAAUUGUUCAAUGAGCCCACCCUGUUCCGGCCAAUAAUAACAUCUAUGUAUUUAGCUAAUAACAUCUAUGUAUUUAGCUAAUGAGCUCAUUAGCUUAAUAUGGGAAUAGCCCACACUCUAGACUGUGAGCUAUUCCCCUUUCUUGAAUGCAAUUAAUUUGUCUACCUGCCAGUUAGAAAAUGUAGUAUACCCAAAAGCAGUAUUAAUUUUGAAUCAUACAUUUUGUUUUUUUAACUGCCUCUAUUUCCUAACACAAGCCCUCACCUUCAUACUGCGCUGCCUUUUCUUGUUGCGUUAUCUGCAACUAAGCCUACAGGGUGCAUAACUGCACUUUCCAUUUUGUAAUAUUGAAGUUUAAAUACACGAUAAAAUCUGAAUCUUAAUAACCCUUGUCUACUGAAAGUCAUUAUUGGCGAGUGGGAAUAUUUAUAAGCUAAAUUUAGUGCAUUGACAACAAUGAAGUUUAUACAUUUUGCUGGGAACUUGGCAAAGAUGGUUUGGUAGAAUACAUCAAAUGUGCUUCUCCAAUAGAAAUUAUCAGUCAAUAGAGGCAAUAGAUACAUAUAGUGAGGUGUGUUACACAUGGGUACUCCUGUCAGGCCCAUACAAUUACCCCUAAUUCCUAACAUCAUUCUAAGGAAUCUAUAUUUCUUCAUGCUUUGAAAAACCUUUUUUAAAGCCUCAAAUUCUGUUGUUAACAUACUCAACUGUCACAAGAACAUAUUCUUUUCGUUAUACUUAAUUUUCCCCUCUUAUUUGCUAGCCAACAGCAAACAAUGACUGCAAAGUCCUGUUGCAUUAAACAUUUUGUUUACCACUUGCUUUUUUCCUAGUUCACAGACGUUAUAACUAGCAACAGUCAAAAGGGCUAAAUUGGCAAAAAGUAUUUGGUGAUAAUUUAAGGUAGGUUAAAUACCAGUUUCAAGAAUAUAAUAUGUUGAAAUACGCUAGCAAGUACCUUAGAACAAAAUAAAUUAAUGAAUUGCAGUGUACACUCACCUAAAGGAUUAUUAGGAACACCUGUUCAAUUUCUC